CUUUUAGACGAUACUACUUUGACUGACCUUUGGAACAUGCAUCCUGAAACAUUGUGGACGGUCUGUUUAAGGCUCGACGAUCAACGGAACGUCAAGAACUGGAUGGACCUGGGAUUCGAGAUUGGCCUUUCAAGGAGUGUCUUGAGAAAGUUUAAAGAUCCCUCAGGCCACAGUCCAUCCCAAGCCAUUUUGGAAAAGAUAAAAACUCUAGAUCCGACUCUUCCAAUAACAACAAUACAGACCGUUUUAGGACGCCUGAAUCUGGGUAAAGCAGAAAGUAUACUUAACCCUCUGAAAGGUAAAAUGAUUGAACGUGCAGGUUUCCACUUUCAGACGAAAAUACCUCUGCUUACUCUUCCAUGAAUGACCUUAUCGAUAAUGUAACUUUUAAUUUCUCGAACUUUUGAUGAUACUCAAGAACAGAGAAUUAGCAAAGCCAAAGAACAAAUAUUUACGAGACUAACAAUGCUAAGGCACGUUAACUUACGGGUAUCACCUGAAGGCUCGUCGGUGUCGUUGUCGCCUGAUGUUAUCUCCAAAUAAACAAAAAAUUCAACUUGUGAAACAUUCACUGUGGGCCAAAAGGACGAGAAACCCACAACAGCACGUGUUUAAGUUAAGGCAAAUUUCCAUUUGAUGGCCACGGUCGCUACAUCAACUGAAAAAAAAAUCUUCUGUAGGCGUUGCAAUAAUACGGAAACAGAACUCAGUCACCGUUCGUGGCCGUGAAGGAAAUACUCCUAAUCUGUCACUAUUAUUGAGUCACGAGGUGACUUUAGUUUUCUCUUGUAGGUAGAGACAUCAGGACACUUCUGGGGAAUCUAGAUAUCCUGGAAGACUUAACAGGCUUGUUAGACAUGGAAGAACGUAAUUGGCGCGGUUUUGCUCUGAAGUCGGGUUAUGAAUUCUCUGUUAGCGAACUCGAUAGUUUGAGGCCAGAACCUAUCUCCAACCCAACAAAGAUGGUUUUGAACUACAUCGUUCAAAAGAACCCACAGCUAACCAUGCGAUCUUUCCUGAUGACUUUGGAGAAGAUGAAACGCCGUGAUCUUAUACACGAACUGAAAGAAUUCUUUAAACGUAAGAUUUUACAGAUAUUCUUCAGAAUCUUAUAAUAGCCUCUAUAAUUUUUGUAGUUUUACACAAGUACAUCCCAAUAUUAAGCUGUGCAUUUCUCUUUCUCUACUUAGCACAAGACAUUGACAACAUCUUGGGCUCCGGAAUCGCCUCAAAUUUCCAUCCUCAGUGA